GCACUGGUGCUGUCUGCUCCCAAGGAGGGAACUCCCUUGGAUCCCACCCAGGCCCUGGAAUUCCACAGCACCAGGCCAGGCAUCUUUGUACCCCUGCCCCCACGGGCCCAGGUCUUACCCUGUUCUCCUUUCCCCGCCCUGUGCCGGGUGGAGCUAGCUGCAAAGGCGGCGACUUCGCACACAGCCCAGCCUGUGUGCAGGGCCCAAAGCUGAGACCCAAAGGGACCCAGGCAGAGCCGAUGAAGACGCUACUGACCAUCGUGGCUGUGGGAUUCCUGGCUGCUGAGGAUACAUCCAGUCUUCAAUACGUGAAAUUCCAGUCCAGCAACUUUGAAAACAUCUUGACGUGGGACGACGGGCCAGAGAGCAUCCCAGGCACGGUCUACAGCGUGGAGUAUAAGAGGUAUGGAGAGACGGAGUGGCUGGCCAAGGAGGGCUGCCAGCGGACCACCCAGAAGUCUUGCAACCUGACCAUGGAGACGAGCAAUCUCACCGAGCUCUACUAUGCCAUGGUCACAGCCUUCAGCCCAGGAAGCCUACUAGACAGCAAGCGGUCCGAUCGCUUCAGCUCACUGCAACACACUACCAUCAAACCACCUGAUGUGACCUGUAUUCCCAAAGUGAGGUCCAUUCAGAUGCUGGUCCACCCCACAUUCACACCUAUUCUUGCAGAAGAUGGCCACCAGCUAGCUCUGGAGGAGAUCUUCCAUGACUUAUUCUACCGCUCAGAACUCCGUGUCAACCACACCUAUCAAAUGUACCUUGAAGGCAAGCAGAGGGAAUAUGAGUUUGUUGGACUGACCCCUGACACAGAGUUCCUCGGGUCCAUCAAGAUUUUGGCUCCAAUGUGGUCCAAGGAGAGUGCCCCCUACGUGUGCCGAGUGAAGACGCUGCCCGACCGGACAUGGGCCUACUCCUUCUCGGGUGCCAUACUGUUCUCCAUGGGUUUCCUCAUCGGUUUGCUCUGCUACCUGAGCUACAGAUAUGUGACCAAGCCACCUGCACCUCCAAACUCCCUGAAUGUCCAGCGAGUACUGACCUUCCAGCCUUUAUGCUUCAUCCAGGAGCACGUGCUUAUCCCUACCUUGGACCUCAACAGCCCCAGCAGUCGGGUACAGUACUCCCAGGUCAUGGUCUCUGGACCUAGAGAGCCACCUAGAGCUGCACAGCGGUGCAACCUGCCUGAGAUCAGCUACGUAGAGCAACCAGAUGUCUCUACCCUCCGGCCCACCAAUGUGCCACCACAACAGACACUGUCUCCACCAUCCUAUGCCCCAAAGUCUGCCCCUGAUGUCGAUGUCCUACCCCCAUCCUAUGCACCUCAGGUAACCUCAGAUGCCAAAGUUCUGUUCUGUACUCCACAGCAGGUGGCAAAGGCCCAGCCUUCCUCCUAUGCCCCACAGGCCAUUCUGGACAGCUGGUCUGCUUCCUAUGCUGUGUGCAUGGAAGAUUCUGGCAAAGACUCUGCUCCUGGGACCCUCUCCAGUCCCAAACACCUCAGGCCAAAAUGUCAGCUCCAGAAAGAGACACUGGCUGGAAGCUGUCUCCCAGGGGACCUUUCUCUGCAAGGUGUCACCUCCUUGGCUGAGGAAGAGACAUCCAGAGCAAAAUCACUGCCCCCACCUCUGGAACUUUGCACAGACAGAGGACCUGAUGUGCAUUCACUCCACAGUGAGGAGCCAGGGACACCACAGUACCUGAAGGGGACACUCUCCCUCCUGUCCUCUGUCCAGAUUGAAGGUCACCCUGUCUCCCUCCCUUUGCACACUCAUUCCCCCUCAGACCAGGGACCAAGCCCCUGGGGACUGUUGGACUCUCUCGUGUGUCUCAAAGAUGAGGGACAAGUGACCGAGGCCAUGAGUCGGGAUGCUGGGGCCUCUGAGCUGGAGCAGGCCACCGAGCUGGAUUCUCUUUUCAAAGGCCUGGCCCUGACUGUGCAAUGGGAAUCCUGAUUGGAGAAUGGAGCAGGUCUGGGCUUCCUCCUUCCCAACCCGGCUAACAAUCCCACAUCCACCAAGCCGCAUGCUUUGAACCCCAGUUCAAGGUGGGUGCCCUGGAGAGACCAAAAGAAGAUGCAGGCCC